CAGAAGAAUAUCAGUAGAACAGAUUUAACAUUAACAGUAGAACAGAACGCGAAGCUUUCAGAGAUCUACUGCACUUUAUGCUAGUGAAGUGUUUUACUAAAGUUUCUCUGAACAAGAAGAGAAUAAAUAAAUGGAGAAGUUUAUAAGUCUGUUUGCGGAGACUGUAGCGGAUCUUUCACUGCGCCACCUGCUGUUAGCGGCCGGAGUUGCAGCCACAGCAGCCGUUAUUCAUUAUUAUUUUAAUCGGGACGAUGGAGAGAAAACGGCAGCAGACGCCGAGGACAAAACCGUCCUCGAAGACCCAGCGUAUGAUCGGACCACGGAACCGGCUCUGGUCCGACCCACAGGGGUUGUUCAGGGUCAGAUGACGGAGGCUGAGAUGAAAAUUCAGAAGCUUUUGGCGUCCAAUCAUCAGCUGGAGGACAGGACGAGAGAGCAGAACGACAUAGGGACAGAGAUGGAGAACCGAGUGAGAGAGCAGGAGGACAGAGCAAGAGAGCUAGUGGACAACGUGAGAGGGCUGGUGGACAGAGCGGGAGACCAGGAGGACACAGCCAUAGAGCUGGAGGACAGAGAGAGAGAGCUGAAGGACAGAUUGAGGGAGCAGGAAAACAGAGUGAGAGAGCUGGAGGACAGAGAGAUAGAGCUGGAGGACACAGCAAUAGAGCUGGAGGACAAAGCGAGAGACAAGGAGGACAGAGCAAGUGAGCUGGAGGACAGCGUGAGAGAGCUGGUGUACACAACAAUAGAACUGGAGGACAGAGUAAAUGAGCUGGAGUACAGUGCGAGACAGCUGGAAGACAGAGUGAGAGAGCUGGAGGACAGAGCGAGAGACCAGGAGGACAUAGCAAUAGAGCUGGAGGACAGAGCGAGACAGCUGGAAGACAGAGUGAGAGAACUGGAGGACAGAGCGGGAGACCAGGAGGACACAGCAAUAGAGCUGGAGGACAGAGAGAGUGAGCUGAAGGACAGAUUGAGGGAGCAGGAAAACAGAGUGAGAAAGCUGGAGGACAGAGAGAUAGAGCUGGAGGAGAGAGAGAGAGAGCUGGAGGACAGAGAGAUAGAGCUGGAGGAGAGAGAGAUAGAGCUGGAGGACAGAGAAAGAGAGCUGGAGGACAGAGAGAGAGAACUGGAGGACAGAGCGAGAGAACUGGAGGACAGAGCGAGAGACCAGGAGGACACAGCAAUAGAGCUGGAGGACAGCGUGAGAGAGCUGGUGUACACAACAAUAGAACUGGAGUACAGAGUAAAUGAGCUGGAGUACAGAGCGAGACAGCUGGAAGACAGAGUGAGAGAGAUAGAGUACAGAGCGGGAGACCAGGAGGACACAACAAUAGAGCUGGAGGACAGAGAGAGAGAGCUGGAGGACAGAGCGAGAGAACUGGAGGACAGAGCGAGAGAACUGGAGAACAGGGCGGGAGACCAGGAGGACACAGCAAUAGAGCUGGAGGACAGAGCGAGAGAACUGGAGGACAGAGCGAGAGAACUGGAGGACAGGGCGGGAGACCAGGAGGACACAGCAAUAGAGCUGGAUGACAGAAAGAGAGAGUUGGAGGACAGAGCGAAAGAGCUGGAGGACAGAGCGAGAGAACUGGAGGACAGGGCGGGAGACCAGGAGGACACAGCAAUAGAGCUGGAUGACAGAAAGAGAGAGUUGGAGGACAGAGCGAAAGAGCUGGAGGAACUCCUCAGUGACUGUGACAUGAGAAAGUUUUCACUGCCUGAUGCUGAGGAGAUACACCAGAAGGUCAUGAAGACCAUCACUGAGUUGAUGGAGGAGAAGACUCACCUAGAACACCAGGUGGAGACACUGACCCACAUGGUGGAGGACUCAGAGAAAAAGAUCUCGGCUACCUGUUUGCAGUGGAGAAAGAGAGAGAAUGUAUCUUUGGCUCAAGCUGAGGAGAGACACCAGAAGACUGUAGAGAACAUCAGCCAGCUGGAGAAGGAGAACUCUAACCUGAGAAACCAGGUGAAGACGAUGAGAGACACGGUAACACACUUGGGCUACAAGCUCUAUGAGGCUCACCUGCAUCGGGACAAACUAAUAAAUAGACGUGAGACAGAGAGACAGGCUUACAGAAUCCUCCAGGUCGAGAACGAUGAGUUAAAGAUAGCUCUGAUGCACAAGGAGGAGUUACUGAAGGUAUCUUUGUCUGAAGCUGAGGAGAAACACCAGAAGGCUGUGGAGAACAUCACUCAGCUGGAGGAAGAGAAAUCUGACCUGACAAACCAGGUGGAGACACUGAGAGACACAAUACAGGACAUGGAGGACAUGUUCUAUGAGGCUCAGGAGCAGUGUGAUGAGAUAAAAAGUGAGCGUCAGGCUCACAGAAUCCUCCUGAUAGAGAACCGUGAGUUAAAGACGACUCUGAUGCACAAGGAGGAGCUACUGAAGGUAUCUUUGGCUCAAGCUGAGGAGAGACACCAGAAGACUGUAGAGAACAUCAGCCAGCUGGAGAAGGAGAACUCUAACCUGAGAAACCAGGUGAAGACGAUGAGAGACACGGUAACACACUUGGGCUACAAGCUCUAUGAGGCUCACCUGCAUCGGGACAAACUAAUAAAUAGACGUGAGACAGAGAGACAGGCUUACAGAAUCCUCCAGGUCGAGAACGAUGAGUUAAAGAUAGCUCUGAUGCACAAGGAGGAGUUACUGAAGGUAUCUUUGUCCGAAGCUGAGGAGAAACACCAGAAGGCUGUGGAGAACAUCACUCAGCUGGAGGAGGAGAAAUCUGACCUGACAAACCAGGUGGAGACACUGAGAGACACAAUACAGGACAUCUAAACCUGGCAAAUCUCUUGGAACCAAGGAGACAACAAGCACUGAGACAGAAAGCAGUGUGGACAGAAGCAGAUCCUCCUCAGAAUCAGUGUGACGGGUCUACGAGGGGUUAAAAUAUGAAUAAACAAUUCAAGCUGGUCUUAAUGUAAAGGAAUGAAGGAAAAGAUGGAAAAAGAAUGAAAUAAAAAUUAAUAAAGAAAGAAAUGAGAACAAA